UUUAGUUUCCUUUCGUAGACGAAUCGCCGAACCGCCGCCGUUUCGAAAGUCGGUGUUCCCCUCCGCGAUCGUCUAUAAAAUUGACCCACAGGAUUUCCCGCUAGUCAAAUUCACUGACGAAAUCUCCUGAAAAGAUGCAUCUUCAGUUCUUCGUCCGAUCCCCAAAUCACCAAACCCUGACCGUAGCCCUAGAACCAACCCAAUCCCUAACGCUCCACCACCUCAAAUCGUCUCUCCUUCCAGAGCCCCAAUUGCUCUCGUCCUUCUACUUUACCCUCAAUGGAAAACCUUUGUCCGAUUCUACCCUUCUUCCAAACUCCCAACUCACCCCUCUCUCCACUCUCUUUCUCGUCCCCCGCCUCUCUGGCGGCGGUGGAGAUGGCGGAGCCACGGGAGCCGAGUCCCGCGACUGUUAUCUCAAGAUGUACGCCGUUAAAAAGCCCGAUAAAGUCGACCCGAAUGAGCAAAGGCUCGGUAAGUGGCUCAAUUGCGCUUUAUCUAAUGAACCCUUGAGAGAACCUUGUGUGAUUGAUAAAUUAGGGAAUAUUUUCAAUAAGGAAGCUCUUGUUCAAGCUUUGUUGGGCAAGAAAUUGCCCAAAGAGUUUAGACACAUAAAGGGUUUGAAAGAUAUGGUCAAUAUUAAGUUGUCGAUAAUUCCCGGGAAGGAAUCAGAUGCUGCCGAUGGAGCUACGUUUCAGUGCCCCAUAACGGGGCUUGAAUUCAAUGGAAAGUAUAAGUUUUUUGCAUUGAAGAAUUGUGGGCAUGUGGUUAGUGCCAAGGCUUUGAAAGAGGUUAAGUCAUCAACUUGUUUGGUUUGUCAUAAGGAGUUUGCGGAGUCUGAUAAGAUGGUGAUUAAUGGGAAUGAGGAGGAGGUAGCUGUGUUGAGGGAGAUGAUGGAGGAAGAGAAGGCAAAAACAGCGAAGGAGAAGAAGAAAAGGGGUAUUGAUGUUGUCGAUAGGGAGAAGGGUUGUGGUAAAUUGGAAGGGAAUGGAAAACUUGAGAAUGAGAAGGCAUUGAGUAAUGGUGGAGUGAAGAAGUUUAGAGCUGCAAAUUUGGCACCAGCUAAUGCCACUAAGGAAGUUUACGCAUCUAUAUUUACUUCUUCAAAGAAGUCGAAUUUUAAGGAAACUUUCACCUGUAGAUCACUCCCGCUUGGUCGGAAUUGAUGGUGCCAGUUUUAUUCUAGUGCUUCCUUGUUAAGGUGAUGUGUUGGUGUUUUUCUUUGUUAGUUCAUGAAUGGAGAAUGUCGAUGUGUUUUGAGGUUGCCAUUCCCUCAGUGUACUUUUUCUUAUUUAUAAAAACUGAAUUGAAUUAUACUUGUUUAUCCUA